AUGGCAGAUCGGGGAGUCAAGAGAAACUUUGACAUGGUGGACCCCAGCAGCGACUCUGGCGACACCACCAUCAACAACAAAAGCACCAGAAACAUGCGCGAGUCCGCUCCAAGCCCACCAACAGCAUCCGACUCGGAGCCUCGCUUCCAUCCAACGACGAAUGAUUCCACAACCGGCGACGAUAUGUCACAGACUGCAGACCCCAGCAGCGAAACCACCAUCAGCAGCGACACCACCAUCAGCAAAGAACCCACCAGAAACUUGCGCGAGGCCAAUCCAAGCCCAACAUCAGCAUCCGACUCGGAGCCUCGCUUCCAUCCAACGACGAAUAAUCCCACAACCGGCGGCGCCGAUAUGUCAUGGGCUGCCGGACCAUCAAAUCAAGCUACAACGUCCAACGUCAACCCUGCUUCCAACGCCAACAUAGGUUAUCCCGACGAUACUGCAACUCUACUUCGCGCCUCGUACCACACCCGUCAAGCCGCAGCAAUCGUACUCCCCCUCAUUGCUAGACGGCUAGCGCUGAUGAAGAUGGUCAAUCAGCCAGACUUUCCGGAGCGGUUUGAGAGGUUCCAGCGAGGGGAAGUGGACGUUGAAAGUGGGGAGGAGGCUGAUGAUGAGAUGGAAAAGGAUGACGAGGAUAUGGGAGAGGCUGAGGAGGAGAUGGACACGGAGGAGACAGAAGAGGCUGCAGAGGAGAUGGACACGGAGGAGACAGAAGAGGCUGGAGAGAAGAUGGACACCGAGAGUAGAGAUGCUGAUGAUGAGAUGGACGAGGAUGAUGAGGAGAUGGGAGAGGAGGAGACAGAAGAGGCUGGAGAGGAGAUGGAUACGGAGGAGACAGAAGAGGCUGGAGAGGAGAUGGGAGAGGCUGGAGAGGAGAUGGACACGGAGAGUAGAGAUGCUGAUGAUGAGAUGGACGAGGAUGAUGAGGAUAUGGGAGAGGCUGAAGAUGAGGCUGGAAAGGAGAUGGAUACGGAGGAGACAGAAGAGGCUGGAGAGGAGAUGGACACGGAGGAGACAGAAGAGGCUGCAGAGGAGAUGGGAGAGAAGAUGGACACGGAAAGUUAG